AUGCGCCCCCCCAUGCCUCUCGUGGAGGAGGGGGGGGCCGCCAGAGGGGCCGAGGCCAGGCCGGCGGGGAUCGGUCGAACGAUGCUCAGGGCUCGCGCUGCUCUGCGCCGCCGCCUCUGCGGGUCGCCGCUGUGCCGAGCCGCCGUGGUUGCUGCGCCUCCGUGGCUGCACCCGUGCGCGGGCUCCGCGCGGGGCUUCUUCUGGCCGCGGAAGAACUGGCUGCCCUGGCGCGUGCGGCUGAUCGACGACAGAAAGAAGGCAAUGUUGAGGAAGAGACACGUGUUGCCGAGGACUAUAGACCCUGAGGAGGCACCGAUAUUUUAUCCCAAGGAGGACGGCUCUCAGCUGGCCUUUCGAGACAAGGACAUCCGUCUCAACAUGAAAAAGAUGUUGGAGUAUUGCAAGCUCAUCCGUGGCCGGCAGUUGACGGAUGCGAUAGAUUGGGUGGAGUCAUUGAGCCGGAUGCAGUCGGAGCCAAUAUUAAAGACGCUCAAGCGCGCUGUGGAGGAGUGUCGAGAGCGACAUAAGUGGGACAUAGCGCGGACUUACAUAUUUGAUGCGCAGCCUCAGCGAGGACCUUUUGUCAAGAAUUUGCGCAAGGGCUCCAAGGCCAGCUUCGGCAUACUGAAUCGCCCCCGGAACUACUUCAUGGUCCGGGUGCGCCAGAUGCCCUUGGAGGAGUUCUUCCACCGCGUGUACGUGUUCAACAAGGUGCCUCGCAGCAUGGCAUCAGACAUGCGCCUCGCGCUCACCCAGGGCCGCGUGGGGCCCCAGGCAAUCAAGGAGUGGGCGCCCUACCUCUGCGGGAGAUCCCGGUUCUGGCACCGCAAGGAGCUGAAGUGGCGCCACAGCACCCGGCAGUGGGACUACUACCAGGCAAGGCGCGAGUGGAUACAGCAGUACAAGGCGAACCUCCUGAGGGCCUCCACCGAGGCCCGCGAGGCCCGGGGCCUGCCGCCCCUGUCGAUGCUGGAGCAGUAG